UUCACCUUUGCUACCUUAGUCUGACUCUCUUGUGUACACCAGAUCCAUCCUCCCACAUUCAGAGCCACGCUAAUUGGCAAGAGAGUACGGAGGCUGGAGGACUGGCCCUCCUCUCUGAUGCCACAAUGACUGUAGUCUUGCUUUUCUGCACCACGGUCCUCAUUCUGCAGGUGACCAAUGGAGAGAAGUACAGGGUGUGGGGUGAGGAAGGCACACGAGUGAUGCUUCCCUGCCAUCUGAGUCAUCAGAAGCUGAAGGACAACUUGAGGCAGCUAUACAAAGGACUAGAGGUUCACUGGGUGCGUCAUGGAGGCAGUGCUUCCAUGAAACGUCAUUUGGUGCUCAAGGUGAAGUCCAGUGGGCUUAAGAGUCUGGGCCAUUCCAUGAUGCACCGAGUAACUGUCUGGGACACUGGCUUUCUUAAGGGGAAUUUUUCACUCCAGAUUGAGCCAUUGCUGAAGGAAGAUGCAGGAACCUAUGAGGCAUGCGUGAGACACGGAAGUGAGGAAUGGCACUGCCAGUUGGAGCUUGGUGUGGUGUCAGUCAUUGCUCACCCUUCUCGUCCUCUAAUUGAGUCUGAAACUAUCAGGUUGAACUGCAACUCCACUCACCCAGGAAAUCCCACCAACACCCUCUGGUUCCACAGAGGUGUCCUCAUUCACACCUCCUACCGGCUUCAUCCUAUGGGCCAAACUCUGCUUAUCUCAGGGUCACUCAGUAGUGACACUGGGCCCUGGGUCUGUGAACUUACCUUUGCAGAUGGGCAGAGAAUUGCUGCCACAUACAACCUGCAAGUCAUAGGAUUUGCUGAGCAAGCCUCCUCUGUCAUCUAUACAGCAGUUGGAUCUGACGCUCAUCUGCCCUGUGUCCUGAAUUCCAAUCCCAUGCACUAUGGAAUUUCAAGGAUGGCUAUCCGCUGGAGGUACAUGGUAGGGAGAGAACUGAAGGCGAAACCCACCCUCAGUUAUGAAAACCAUCAGGAUUUCACUCUUCAUCUCCCUGCUGUUGGAUUAGAUGAUGUAGGCCAGUAUCGUUGUGAGAUCACCAUCCAAGGCAUUACCAUCAUUGAAAAUGUCACCCUGGCAGCAAUGGCAGUCAUUCCCAGCACUGUUGGGCCAAGAAUUGCUGAAGGUUCUCACUUGCUCCUCAACUGUAACCUCAGCUACUAUAAAGGAAAAGAGCAUUUUCAGUGGAAGCGGCUGGACUUGCAAUCCACCAACAGCUCGCAGUCUGAGUCUGUCUCCAUGAGGCCUGAGAUCCUGAAACGGGGCCCAGUCCUGGAAUUCCCCCAGGUGUCACCAAGGGAUGCGGGUAUCUGGGAAUGCAGUGCCCAUGGUCCUGAGGGGAAGCUGGGAUCGGUGCAGUAUCACCUGGAAAUUACAGCCAGUCCCCAGAUUGCCAGCUUGCCGCCAGUCCCAACUGAGAUAAUAUUUGGUCUGUUACUCUUUCUCCUUGUUGUUUUACUCUCCAUCAUAGCCUUGAUCUACCUGAGACGAAGGAUGUGUUCCCUGAACUUCCAAGCAUUGGAUAGAAUUGUGGAUGCUUUGCCAGAGAAAGGAGAAAAGAAUGGAGGCCAGCAGAAGAUUCUGCAGUUGGAAUGCUAAAGGAAAAGAAGGAAGAACAUCAUUUAUAUGAGAACUGCCAGGACUGGCCAAACAAAACCUAUGAGUAGAUUUCUGUUGGUUUAGGACAAGGUUCAGUAAGCCUACUGUUUCUUAAACUGUGAGAUAGAUCCUCCUUGAAAAUGUGAAACUUGGAUAUACAAUAGUCCAUUGAGGGAGAGGAUGUGCAACCAAUUUCUUCACAGAAAUCAAAUUUAAAAGAUCCUCAGUUAUGCCUGCUGGAUUUUGCAGAGAUGAUUGCUCCCUCUUUACUUCCACCAUUCCAGACUGAUUUGGGAUAACUGCUUGGUAUUCCCCUAUAUGUUUUUUUCCCCCUUUUGUGCAAGCUUAGGAGGGUCAGAAAAGUCUUGUUCAUUUCCGUCCCUUUCCCAAGGCUAUUGUUGGAUUAAUGUCCUGAUCUACAGAUUUUCACACAAAACAGUAGUUUGCAAUACAAUAAUUGCAUGCCAAGAUACGACCAUACAUGUUCUGCUGGGGUAUGGAUGGUUAGUGCAGAAUUCAGAGAUCCAGGAAGUAGAAAAAAACUGGUAAAAUGCCGUUUGUUUAGGUAUCUAUCAGUUGCAGAGGUGAUGAUAGCUCCCUGUAUAUUUAAACGUUUUUACUUCAACCUUUUCACUCUUUAAGCCAAUCUCUCUGUGUGGUAGCAAGUACUACCUUCUUGGCAUAUUUAGGUGCAGUUUGGAUAGUUUUUACAGGCUAGAGAGAAUAGAAGCCUCUUGAUUCCAUAUAUUACUGCAUACAUUUGUUCAGCUUGUUCUUCCUUAGUGAAUAAUAUCACUUUUAUAAUAAUGCUAUUAUGGCUUUUAAAUACGUUACAUGUAUUAGUAUUGUUACAAAACUAUAAAAAAUUAAUCGAGCAAACCUUUAGCCUCUGAAUUCUUUACAGGUAGUCCUUGCUUAGUGACUGCCUCAGACAGUGACCAUUUGCAGUUACAUUUGCAGUGACCAUUUGCAUUUGUGACCAAUGCCCGCAUUUACCUCCUUUGCAGGUCUGUAAAUCAAAGGAAAGCUG